GGGGUAAUCGGAAUGCGACCUAUCGCGAUCUGCCCACCGCUAAUACUAGCGGAUUUCUUUGAAAGUGGGGUCUUAAGUCGUAAUAUUGUCCGCGGCGUAAAUAAAUUAGUGUAGUGAUGUCGCCGCCAAACCCUCCGACAAGAUCGGAGUCCCCGCCCUGCUGCAGUUCCUUGAACCAUGGGGUCUAUCUUUAUUCAGUUACAAGUGCAAGUUUGGAUGCCGCACAUCCUAAUGAACAAUCCAUUGAAUUAGAUUCCCAACAACUAGAGGAACUAGAUACAAUGGCACUCUCUAAAGAUGAUCCCCAAAGAUCAAUCACUCCGCCAGGCUCUUUUCUCGCUUGUGGAAGCUUGGCCGAACAGGAAGAAGGAGAUGCCAGAACUCCCAACGAACAAUCCCCAAGAUCAGCUUCACAGAUUCUAGAACAAGAUACAUUGGCACUCUCCAUAGAUAGGCCCAUAAAACAAGAGUCACCGCCCCGCUGCAGUUCUUUGGCCCAAGAAAACGUGGGUAGUCGUGAGGAGACCGAUUCAUUCGAACUUUCCAGUGAAUAUGCCAAUGAUGAAGGAGCUAUUUUUCUGUGCGCCGCCGAGUAUGCGCAACAGAAAGCCCAGGUGGAUGAGCUGGUGUCGAAGGUGCUGACAGCAGAAAAGAGGCUAAGUCAGGUGACGGAUCCAGAAGAAAAAAACUCCAUAAGCGAACGGUUGAAUACUUUAAAUAAACGUCUGGAGACUAUUUGCGAGUUCAUGGACACCCUGCGCGUAAAAGAGGAGCCGGUAGAAGCGGAAACACCACGGUGGGCUAACUUAUUCUCCGGACUGAACCGCCACCGAAAAAAGUCCAAACUCUCCUUGGCUGCAUUCUUCCAAAACAAAACAAACAUAAUCAACAGUCUCAAGGCCUUAUAUGAGCCAUCGGAGCCAAAACCAACGUCUGAGGAUGUUGCGGAACAGCCCAGCUUGCUGUUGGUCACCUUGCUGAAGCACCAGAAAAGUGGUCUUCGGUGGAUGCAGUUCCGGGAGCGGCAGAAAAUCUGUGGUGGAAUUCUAGCCGAUGAUAUGGGUUUGGGCAAAACGUUGAGUAUGAUUGCCCUCGUGCUGUCCUCCCUCGAAGCCAAAAAGAAAGAACGAGCCGACAAACAGCAAGCCCUGCGAUCCAAGUGGACCCAGCAGCUAUGUUUGAAGGCGACCAAAAAGUUUAACUUGUUCGAUGACGAAGAGAACGACAAGGAAGACGAGAAGUAUGAGCCUCCAACGAAGCGUCAGCUCUUGGCUUCACCAGACGAUCUAUUCGACUCCGAUGACGAUGACUGCGUUGAGAACGAACCCUAUCCCAAGGCUGGCACUCUAGUCGUUUGCCCGAUGAGUGUUAUGUGCCAAUGGGCCCAGGAAGUGGCCACCAAAGUAGCGGCGAAUGCCCUAACGGUACUCACUUUCCAUGGUCCCAAUCGUCACGACCAGCAACUAAGGCGCUUUAGAAGCUAUGAUCUUGUCAUCACAUCUUACAGCACCGUUGUUAGCGAAUAUAGAAAAUACGGAAGCAGAUCUUUGCUGUUCACUGUCAACUGGCAUCGAGUGAUCCUCGAUGAGGCCCACAUCAUAAGAAAUACGAAAACUAUCGGGUGCUUCGCCAUAUGCCAGCUAAGGGCUAUCCACCACUGGGCGUUGACCGGCACCCCAAUCCAGAAUCGGGCCAUAGAUGUGUUCGCGCUGAUGCAAUUUUUAAAUGUACCCAAUUUCCAGGAUCUGCAGCAGUGGAAGAAGUACUUGAACGAGGGAAUGGCAGGCCAUCGCCGACUAGGAUUCAUAAUCAAGCCGCUAAUGCUGCGCAGAACCAAACAGCAGCUGCAGGCCACUGGCGGUAUGCCGGCACUACCGCCGCUAACUAUUCAGUUGAUCGCAGUUCAGCUCUCGGAGGAGGAAAUGGCCGUCUACCAGGUCCUUUCGGCCAUUUCCCAGAGAAUCUUUGCCCAAUACCUUACUCAGCGCGACAAAGGUAAUAGCGACUUGAACUACUACUCCCUGGAGAACACACCGCACUUCAUGGGCGAAAACUUUGAGGACAAGUACAUGGAAAUAUAUCACCGAUUCCUGCGUUCGCUCGGCUACGAUCCGAGGGCAAAGAUUCAGGGUAUCGUCAUCCUCGUACUUCUGCUGCGCCUUCGUCAGUUCUGUUGUCAUCCGGGAAUGAUGAUUGGAAUGCUGUGUGGACCAAUGAGUGAUGAUGAGGUGAAUAAUCUUCGAGAGGACGCAGAAGACGUGGAAGGUCCCCUUAAAUCGGAUGUUCUAUCAGAAUUGAAGAAGUACCAUGUACCCGGUGACAAAGAAAACUACUUUGAAGACGAAAACAUCAGUUCGAGUAAUCCAAAAAUUAAAAUCGAGAACUCUGAUGACAAGUCAUCCGUUAGAGACGAGAAGGUGACUAUAUUGGAAUCGUUCAUCAAACAGGAGCCGUCAUGCAGUUCCUCGGCCACUCAACCCGAUCCCUUCAGCGGGAUCAAGGCUCUCCAGCUCAUGAGCCCGCAGAAUCCUAUCUUCGACUUCUCGCGCUCUUCCGCCAAGCUGAAACUAGUGAUUGAAAAGUUGGAGGAAUUGUUAAACGGAACUGGCGAUAAGAUCAUUGUUGUUUCUCAAUGGAUAACCUUUAUAGGCGUCAUUCGACAGCGUUUGAACGAUCUCUGCUGGUCGACGCUCGACUUCACCGGGCAGCUGUCUGCUAAGGAGCGCGAGCUUGUUCUGCGCGACUUCAAUAAUCCCAACAACGAUAAGCGGGUGCUGCUGCUCUCCCUUUCGGCUGGCGGUGUGGGCCUAAAUCUCAAUGUUGCGAAUCACAUGCUCUUGGUCGAUCUCCACUGGAAUCCCCAGCUACAGAAACAGGCCCAGGACCGAAUAUACCGCUACGGCCAGAAGAAGCCCACUUUCAUAUAUCGUUUCAUGUGCCAGGAGACAGUGGAGCAGAGAAUAAAGGCGCUGCAGGAUUACAAGCUGGAGAUCGCCAAAGUAGUUCUGCCCGAAGAAGAGGGCGGAGUUUCCACUCGCCAAGGCGGUGGUCUUAACCUCCAGGAGAUAAAGAAACUCUUUUCAAUGUAACCACGUAGCAUUUGAAGCUACAUUUAAUUCAUUUUAUAUUUAUAUUUCCAUACAUACACCAGAAUAUGUAUUCACGCUACAUUCAUAAGUUCGAAAAUACUAAGUGUCUUAGUAAGUUAAGGCAAGGUGGUUCCUUAAUCGUUUCUGUUUAUAUUACUAAUAUGUAACGAUCGAAAAAACCAAAAUAUGUACUCACAAUGUAUUUAGAAGCUAAGUAGACACUUGAAGCCAUUAUCCAUUAACCAAAAGGUGCUAAAGAAUUUGUGUUAUUCCUUAUUUUUUGAAUAAAAUUCGUUACUCAAAAAUAACUCAUCAAUUACCUACCAAAUUCAGUUAUUUUUUAGCAGUUCUAGCAAAUA